GAUCCCGCGCAGAUGGAGAACACGCGCUGUUACUUACCGGACGCCUACAAGAUCAUGAGCCAGAGGUGUAAUAACAGGACACAGUGUGCUGUCGUGGCCGGACCGGAUGCUUUUCCCGACCCCUGUCCUGGGACAUACAAAUACCUGGAAGUCCAGUAUGAAUGCGUCCCGUACAUUUUCCUGUGCCCGGGGCUCCUGCGUGGCGUUUAUCAGAGCGAGCAUCUCUUUGAGUCGGACCACCAGUCGGGCGCAUGGUGUAAAGACCCUCUCCAGGCCUCGGAUAAGAUCUAUUACAUGCCCUGGGCUCCGUACCGCACCGACACCCUCACCGAAUACUCCAGCAAAGAGGAUUUCGUCGCCGGAAGACCCACGACUACUUAUAAACUCCCGCAUCGAGUGGACGGCACUGGGUUUGUUGUUUACGAUGGUGCGCUGUUUUUCAACAAGGAGCGAACCAGGAAUAUUGUCAAAUUCGAUCUGCGUACGAGGAUCAAGAGCGGAGAGGCUAUUAUCGCUAGUGCUAAUUAUCAUGAUACAUCUCCAUAUCGCUGGGGCGGAAAGUCAGAUAUUGAUUUAGCGGUGGACGAAAACGGCCUUUGGGUGAUUUACGCGACGGAGCAAAACAACGGGAGGAUUGUGAUCAGCCAGUUGAAUCCGUAUACACUUCGUGUUGAGGGAACGUGGGAUACGGCCUACGACAAACGCUCGGCUUCCAACGCCUUCAUGAUCUGCGGGAUCCUGUACGUGGUGCGGAGCGUCUACGAAGACGACGAUAGCGAAGCCACGGGGAAUAAAAUCGACUACAUUUACAACACGGAGCUGAGCAAAGACGGCUACCUGGACAUCCUGUUCCCAAAUGCGUACCAGUACAUCGCCGCCGUGGAUUACAAUCCCAGAGAUAAUCUGCUGUACGUGUGGAAUAACUACCACGUGGUCAAAUAUUCGCUGGAUUUUGGAGUAUUGGACAACAGAUUGGAAUCCUCGUCUUCAGGAAAUGUGUUAAUGGACACGACAACAACCCGCACCACCACCCGUCCUAUCACUUCCACCACCACCAGCACCACCAGUAUGACCUCAAGCACCAGCAGCACCACCAGCACCACCAAACCCCCCUCCACCACCCCAGCUCCGCCUCCCCGCAGCACCACCCCCGAGCGCCAGCCCGCUCCUCCAGCUGACGCCUCCACCCGCUCGCACCCGUCCUCCGUCCUGCCCAACACCGCAGUGGAGUUCUGCAGCUCCGUCAGCGACUCAGGCCUCAGCUGGCCUAAAACACGCCAGGGGGUCACCGCCAGACUGCCCUGCCCACCCGGAACCAUCGGAACGGCUGUGUUCGUCUGUCAGGGGCCCGAGGGACUGUGGGACCAGCAGGGACCCGACCUCAGCAACUGCACCUCCACAUGGGUCAACAUCAUCAACCAGAAGAUCCGCGCUGGUGAACCGGCCGCCAUCAUCUCUCGUGAGCUGUCGGAGCAGACGAAGGGUCAUCUGCAUGCAGGUGAUGUGACCUACAGCGUUCGGGCCCUCGGUCACCUUAUUGACCUGCUGGACGUCCAGCUGCGCAACCUGACGCCCGGCGGCAAAGACAGCGCCGCACGCAGUCUCAACAAGCUGCAGAAGCGGGAGCGCUCGUGUCGAUAUUUUGUCCAGGCGAUGGUGGAGACGGUGAAUAACCUGCUGCAGCCUCAGGCUCGGGCCGCGUGGAUGGAGCUAUCGAGCGGAGAGCAGCUGCGGGCCGCGACGGUUCUGCUGGACACCGUGGAGCAGGGCGCUUUCGUGCUCGCAGACAACCUGUUGAAGACUGACGUGGUGCAGGAAAACACCGAAAACAUCCAGCUGGAGGUGGCGAGGAUGAGCACAGAUGGAAAUCUCCCCGAUCUGAAGUUUCCACAGAGUGGAGGUCAAGGCAACGCCAUCCACCUGUCAGCAAACACUCUCAAACAGCACGGCAGAAAUGGUGAGAUCCGCAUGGCGUUCGUCCUGUAUAAGCAUCUGGGCUCAUACCUGUCCACUGAAAACGCCAGCAUGAAGUUCAGCAGCGAGACGUUAAACACCAACUACUCUGUCAUCGUCAACUCUCCCAUUAUAACGGCGGCCAUCAACAAAGACAGUAAUAAAGUCUACCUGUCGGACCCCGUCAUAUUCACAGUGCGACAUAUUCAGCAGUCAGAGGAGAAUUUCAACCCCAACUGUUCGUUCUGGAGCUACUCGAAGCGCAGUAUGACGGGUUUCUGGUCCACGCAGGACUGCCGGCUACUCGGGACCAACCGGACACACACCACCUGCUCGUGCACACACCUCACCAACUUCGCUGUGUUAAUGGCUCACGUGGACGUCAAGACGGCGGACCCGGUGCAUGACCUGCUGCUGGACGUGAUCACGUGGGUGGGGAUCCUGCUGUCUCUGCUGUGUCUGCUGGUCUGCAUCUUCACCUUCUGCUUCUUCCGGGGCCUUCAGAGCGACAGAAACACCAUCCACAAGAACCUGUGCAUCUCGCUGUUCAUCGCAGAGACACUGUUCCUGACCGGCAUCAACCGCGCGGACCAGCCUAUCGCCUGCGCUGUGUUUGCUGCGCUGCUGCACUUCUUCUUCCUGUCUGCGUUCACCUGGAUGUUUCUGGAAGGUGUUCAGCUCUACAUCCUGCUGGUGGAGGUGUUCGAGAGCGAGCACUCGCGCCGCAGGUACUUCUACCUGGCCGGAUACGGCAUUCCUGCGCUCAUCGUGGCCGUUUCUGCUGCCGUGGACUACCACAGUUACGGAACGGACAGAGUCUGCUGGCUGCGCUUGGAUACUUACUUCAUCUGGAGCUUUAUAGGCCCCGCCACACUGAUCAUUAUGCUGAAUGUGAUCUUCCUGGGAAUCGCUCUCUACAAGAUGUUCCACCACACUGCCAUCCUGAAGCCAGACUCUGGUUGCCUUGACAACAUCAAGUCAUGGGUGAUCGGUGCGAUCGCUCUGCUGUGUCUGCUGGGUCUGACCUGGGCGUUCGGUCUGAUGUACGUGAACGAGAGCACCGUCAUCAUGGCGUAUCUCUUCACCAUCUUCAACUCUCUGCAGGGCAUGUUCAUCUUCAUAUUCCACUGCGUCCUGCAGAAGAAGGUGCGUAAAGAGUACGGCAAAUGUCUGCGCACACACUGCUACAGCGGUAAGAGUGUGGAGUCAUCCAUGGGCUCAGUGAAGAGCUCAUCAUCACGCGGACCGGGACGAUACUCAUCUGCAUCACAGAGCCGAAUCCGCCGCAUGUGGAACGACACGGUGAGGAAACAGACCGAGUCUUCAUUCAUGGCUGGAGACAUUAACAGUUCAGCUACACUCAACAGAGAGGGAAUCCUGAACAAUGCUCGGGAUACAAGUGCCAUGGAUACUCUACCACUGAAUGGUAACCAUGGCAACAGCUACAGCUUGGCCAGCGCCGAUUACAUGAGCGACUGCGUGCAAAUCAUCGACCGCACGUACAACGUUCACAAAGAGACCACGCUGGAGAAACGGAUCCUGAAAGAGCUCACUUCCAACUACCUGCCCACCUACCUGAACAACCACGACCGCGCGGCCGAGCACGGACGCAACCUCAUGAACAAGCUGGUAAACGAAGUCAGCAAUGGAGGCGGUGUCAAAGACUCGCCUAUGCUGCCCGUCAAUCUGGCUUUAGGCUUAGACGACUCGGCUUCUUUCCCUCCCGAGGACGCUUUAGGACUGGAGCUGAUCAGAGAGGAAUCCAAUGCACCAUUGCUUCCACCACCACGGCAUAUUCCCACAACCUUCAGCUCCGCCUCCUCCUCACGACGGCGCCUUCCUCAAGAAAACAGCGAGAGUUUCUUCCCUUUGCUGACAGAGGAGCAAACUGAAGAUACUCCGUCCCCCCAGAGAGACUCGCUUUACACCAGUAUGCCCACUCUGCCCGAUCCUGAGCGCUCCGACACACACUCGCUGCCCCGUAGCGGCGACACACAUACGCUGCCUAGGACCGGGGAACCAGAUGAUGUGUACUAUAAGAGCAUGCCCAACUUGGGCUCACGCAACCAUCUGCACCAGCUGCAUAGCUACUACCACCUAGGCCGCGGCAGCAGCGAUGGAUUUAUCGUCCCGCCCAAAGAUGAGCUUUCGCCUGGCGAAGAAACGCCGCAGGAGCCUGCACACAUGGUCACCAGCCUAUAGAGGGCACCAAAUGCAACACUUUCUGCUCCGCUCAUCCUCAUCACGCAAUAGCUGUGUUUCCAUCCUCCUAUUUCUAUCGCUAUUUUGGAAUAUCGCAUAAAAAAUUGCUUGAUGAAAAUGCGCAUAGAACUAUUUUAUCGAAUAAUAAAUAAAUAUGUGCAUAUAGGAUGAUAUAAACACACAUAAAUAAAAAUACGCACAUCUAAGAGUGUUGCUGGAAUGGAUAGGGUUCAAAGUUUAUUUGUAUACCGCUUUUCACAAUAAUUGUUUGGGAUGUAACGGAUCACAAAUCUCACGGUUUGGAUCACGUUAUGGUUUUUGUAGUCACGGAUCAGACCAUUUUUCGGAUCAGCCAAAAAGGGGAGGAGACAAAUGUAUUUUGCUUUUCAUUUAUUACAAAAACAGUCCUGCAAGACACUUUUGGUUUUAACAAACAGAACGUAGAAGCUGUAUUUUUAUUAAAAAUGAAAUAAAGAAAUAAUCAGCUGAAUGAAAAUAAAUGAUCCGAGGCUGGUUGGCUGGUUUAAACUGGUUGACCAGCCUGGUUUUAGAGGGGUUUUGGCCAUUUCCAGCCUGGUCUUAGCUGGUCAGGCUGGAAAAUGACCAGCUAAAACCAGCUUGACCAACCUAGAAAGGCUGGGAGCCCAGCCAAAACCAGCUAUGUCCAGCUUAAACCAGGCUGGUCAAGUUGGUUUUAGCUGGAUUUAGCUGGUCGUUUUCCAGCCUGACCAGCUAAGACCAGGCUGGAAAUGGCUGGAAACCAGCCUGUAAAUGGCCAAAACCCCUCUAAAACCAGGCUGGUUAACCAGCUAAAACCAGCCUAGGCUGGUUUAAGCUGGAUUUUUCAGCAGGGAUACUGUGAAAAAUUCACUGUUCCUACUACUGUUGCUGAUAACACUAAAUGUAGACAUCUAACAUGAUCAUUUGUACAACACAUUUAAUUAUAGUCUCAUUUUCUAUAAAUGGAUCAGUUAUUCACUCAUAAAACUCCAUGUUUCAUUACUAGAUGAUCAUCUUUUAGGAAUUAUUCAGUGGUGUAUUUUUGAUGGCUGGUUGUCGCCACCUUUUGGUUAAAUCAUGUAACUGCUGCCUGCAACUUUUAUUUUUGAGCAUCAAGUUAAAUUCACAUGACGGUGAUUUUACUCUUUACCGUAAACUUCACCGGUUAUAUCUACACUAUAAACUGUUCUCCCAGUACUCCUGUAUUAUUUGACUGUAACAUCAUAACUCACACAAAAGACUAAAGACUCAAUCUCUUUCUUAGAUUGUUCCUUUUUUCAAACACAGCUUCGAAUGCAGCGAUUGGAAGGAUUAAUGAACAUAUGCAAAUCACCAUCAUUUAUGAUUUUAGUUGCGUGGGUGUUGAGAUCUCGAUCUUUUAAUGGUUAAUCGUGCAGCUUACACUGAAUGCAUUAAUGCAGGCUAAACAAGCAAUGACAGAAAACACCUUUAAUAACCUAAGAAACCCACCACAUCCCAUAUAAUGGGAUUUGAGUGACUCAAGAGACGAUCUCUCUGUGAUCCUUACAAGUUUAAGAUUAAUCUAAAAGUAAAAAAUGUAUUAAUUCCGAAAAAGUGGGUUGUUAACUGUACGGAUUACGGAUCAAGUGUGAUCUGUUACACCCCGUAUAAUUAUUGUUUCAAAGCAGCUUUACAAAAGGUGCACAUUAUUGGAUUGCAAUCAAAAACAGUCGAGGUAAGGUUAUUAGUAACCAAAAUGUUAUUAGUUACUAAUGUUAGUUUAUUAGUUUCUAAUCAUUUAAUGAUACAAGUGUGCGUGAUGGGAUGCAUUAACGGACAAACCAACACAUUGUAAAAGAUCUGAAGCGAAGUUUCGCAAACUAAUUUCCAGAGGAGCACGUGAUAUGAUUGAGCACGACUGGCUUCUCAUCUGUAAUCAGUAAUAACCCAAUCAGAGUGAUCCUAGUUUACUAUAAAUGGAUCCUUGUAUCCCUACUGCUCUAUCUUCGUUUUGGAAGAAUCCCCCCUUCCAUCCCAUCUCCUCCUUUCCCUCCCUUUUCUAAGGGAGAGCUCUCGAGACCUACCUGAUCUCGGAUCCUCUUAUAUGCUUAUUGACCAGGCGGGAGCCCUGGGCUCGAGUAUCUCCGAGCUCAGGGUUCUCUCCCGGGACAGCAUGCCAAACCUGCUAUAAACGCUAAGCAUAUCAAAGUGGGAACUCGUGAAAUGUUGUUUUGCUGAUUGUAAAUCCCCUUAUCCGUCAGUCCAUCAUCACAGUGCUUCAGUAUUAUUAUAUUAUUAUUAUAGCUGUCUUGAGCAUCUGUCUGUGCUCCCAAAGAGCGUCUCAAGCCUCCAAAAGCCACCGCAUUGCUUUUCGUCGUCGUCUUCUGAGGCGCGACUCAUUUAUUAGAGAAGAAAAAAGACCACAGUGGAUCCUCCAGACGUGCUCAACUACAUUUCUCUGAUCAAUAUUUGGUGCCAGUUGAUCAAUAAGUGAAGAUUUUGUUCUCUUUGACUCGUUAGACGGAAGCGCUGCUUUAUUCGCAAACAUUUUACGCGAUAUUCCAGCAUUGCGCACAACUCCAAUUCGCAUCAUUGGAUGGAAACACAGCUAGUGACAUCCGGAGCUCCGUGUGCUCUUCUUACCUUUCUGUCCGUCGUCCGCAGUUGGUUUUUUACGUUUGCUUCUACGUGUCCUCCGCAGGGAAACGAACCACAGGAACGAACCUUGGGAGGAGAGCGUUUUGUAUUCUGUUCAGGAGUAGGAUUAUGGGUACUCUUGCCUGUUGAGGAAUGAAAACAGACCUUCUUUUGAUUUUCUCGAUCGGGCUCUUCUACUUAAAAGCAAAAAACGGACCCAGAGAUGGAUUUUGCUGUAUAACCUUGUGAGGAGCACGAGCUUUUCCAGGGUUUUUUGUACUCUCAGCAACCCUGAAGGAAUACAAAUAACUGCCAAAAAACAUUGUUCAGUAGCUCAGUGCAUCUAGUGAACACCAAUCAGCGUGACUCCGAGACUAUUUUAAUACCUUCUGUAUUCAUAUUUGCGUUUAAAAUGUUUUCUUCUUCUUCGUCUUCUUCUCACGUGGUGAAAAGCAGCACGGUUUUUAGCUGCGACAGAGAAACAAUAUUGAAGAAACGAGACUUCGCCACACACUCUCGCUCGAGAUCACGCGCCAUUUCUGUUCGUCGCUGUGUUAAUAACAAAUAUCGGAAAGCGGGGGAAGAACUAAUACCGGAGAACUCUACAAUAUCUCUAUGUAAAUGUACAGACACUAGUGUGUUACACAGGAUAGUGCUUAUUCUGUUCCUACGCCCUCCGCUUCUGUAACCAUGGUGAUUUCACAUCAUUUCCUUUCUCUGGUCUCGUCCUCAACGACAGGUUUUGAUCCCUCGCUCUCUCUCUCUCUCUCUCAGUUUUUUUUUUGGUGAUUAAUUAUAUCUUUCACAUUCACGUCUUCAUUUCGGGAUGAAUAAUGAGCAGGUAGACAUAAAAAAUGAGAGGAUAGAUGAAUAAUGUUUGAUUUAUAGACAGCAGAUGUAGGUGAGUGAUGAAAAGAAAGGCCGACAUGCUGAUAUGCUGUCAUUCUGGGAUGGAGAUAUCAACUGCAGUGUGUGUGUGUGUGUGUGUGUGUGUGUUGUCAUUCAGAGAGAGUGACAGAGAUACACACGAGUCUUUGUAUGAUCUGACUGCAGAGAUCUGCUUAUUUCUGUCUGUAGGGGAGAAUGGAUGGUUAUUUAUUUCACUGAAGUCAACGCGAACUGUUCUGGGAGGCGUCUGGAGGAGAGACGAAUGCGGCACGCUUCGUUUUCGGGUUUUUGUUUGUUUUAAUAUCAUCGCAGAUCACAGAUAUGGAUAUUGAUUUUAUUUAUUCUUUUGUUCCUGCUUUUUAUUAUUGUUUCUUCUCUCCUGUGGUUGAAUGACCUCUCACUAAUAUUUGUUGUAACAGUGAAACUUGUUUGCCAACAAAUAAAUGACUG